AAUACUAAAAUAGAUUGUAAAAUAUGAGAAGAGCUGGUCAAGUUCCAGUAUCACACCAUGGGUACGAAAUGGUUGAAGAAGAAAAUAAUAAGAUAUUGGCUUCAUUAACAUCUAAAGUUCAAGAGCUGAAGAGUCUAUCAAUUGAUAUUGGCCAUGAAGUAAAAUAUCAAAACAAAAUGCUUAAUGAAAUGAACACAGAUUUUGAUAGUCUUGGCUCAUUUUUACAAGGAACUAUGGGAAGAUUGGCCUCACUCACUAAAAAAGGGCACCAUAAACUUUUAUGUUACGUUUUAUUAUUUUGUUUUUGUGUUAUGUUAUUUGCUUGGUUUGUUGUCAGGUUUAGGUAAAAUUAUUUCUGUAAUAAUUAUUUUUUCAAAAAAAAAAAAGUUAAACUUUUAAAA